UUUGGAUUCAACAUUUAUUUAUUUUUUUGGAUCAAUUAGCUGUUUUUCGUGCUUUUGUUGUUUACGGGCCGCCCCAUCGAGCAGCCAGUAGACAAGAGCACCGCGAUGCAUUCCAAGGCCGAUCCCGCGCUCAAUACGGUGCGCGGCUUCAACGGAACGCCCGUGGUAUCCGGCGACGAGGACUCGGACUACUGCCCUACUCCCCAGCCCGGUGAGAAGGGUCGUGCCAAGAAAGUCAGGAAGCCCCACGCCAUCGACGAUGUUGUCAGCGCCAACUGCAGCCCCGGUCUCCGGCCGCAGGUUUCCCAGGGCGGCUUGAGUGGCAUCAGCAGGCUGCGGAUGGAGUUUGAUGCGCUGAACAUCGCAGGCAACAGUACUGCCAAUUCGACGGCUGCGUCGUCGCGCACCACUUCCCUGACUUGCAGUGAGAGCCUCCGCUCCCCUUUCGCCAAGGAUGCCACGGCGACCAGCAGCGGCCGAGACAGCGGUUACAAGAGCCGCACCGAAAGCAUCGCGAGCAGCGGGGACGAGACGGCGUCGCAUAGCAGCAGGACUAGCACUCGCUACGAGAUCAACUUGGAGAACGACUUCGCCAGCGAGGCCAAUGGUCGCGCCGCCGAGGGGGCCGUUCCUCCCCGUCGUAAGAUGACGGCGGACGACUUUGAGCAACUUCGGUGUCUGGGCAAGGGCGCCUACGGAACAGUCCUGCUAGUCAAGCAGCGCACGACGGGCCGGCUGUUUGCCCAGAAGCAGUUCAAGAAGGCGUCGCUCGUGGUGCACAAGAAGCUGAUCGAGCAGACAAAGACGGAGCGCCAGAUCCUCGAGAGCGUCAACCGGCACCCCUUCGUCGUCAAGCUGUACUACGCGUUUCAGGACCAGGAGAAGCUUUACCUGAUUCUCGAGUACGGCCAGGGCGGAGAGCUGUUCACCCACCUGAGCACCGAGCGCAUGUUCUCCGAGGAGACAGCCGCCUUCUACAUGGCCGAGAUGGUCCUCGCGCUGACGCACCUGCACAACGACCUGGGCGUGAUCUACCGCGACCUCAAGCCGGAGAACUGCCUGCUCGACGCCGAAGGUCACCUGCUCCUGACCGACUUCGGCCUUUCCAAGGUCGCCGUCGACGACGCCGACGCGUGCAACUCGAUGCUUGGCACGGUCGAGUACAUGGCGCCCGAGGUGAUCCAGGGUAAGAAGUAUGGCCGAGCAGUCGACUGGUGGUCGCUCGGGGCGCUGGGGUUCGACCUGAUGACGGGCCAUCCACCCUUCCGCGGACCGAACAACGCCAAGAUCCAGGACAACAUCGUGCGACAGAAGCUGGCCCUGCCCUUCUUCCUGAGCCCCGACGCCAAGGACCUGCUCACGCGCCUGCUGCGCAAGGAUCCGAGCAAGCGGCUGGGCUCCAACAUGCCCAAGGAUCUGGACACCAUUAAGAAGCAUCGCUUCUUCCGCAAGAUCGACUGGAAGCGGCUCGCCGCGCGCGAGCUGGAGCCGCCCAUCCAGCCGGUCAUCACAGACCCGGAGCUGGCCGAAAACUUUUCUCCCGAGUUCACCGAGAUGAGUUUGAGCCCGGUCGUGGGCCGGUUCGCGGACGCAAAUGGUGGGAAAGAUGGCGAUCUCUGGGGUGAUGUCGGCUGUGAUGGCGGCGAUCGCCAUGGCGGCGCGGAGGACGAGCCCGGUAAGGACGAUCUGUUUGGCGGCUUCAGUUUCGUGGCACCUCACAGCCUGCUGGAGAGCCAUGGGUUCAGGGUUCCGGCUUAGACUUGGGCACUCGGCCGGCCUAUCAAAGAGGCGGCAUACCGUGACGUUCCAGGUAUGCUGCAGGUGACACCUCGCUGAGCUGGGCUGAGCUGGAAGCUUGUGACUCGUGGUGUCUGGAUGGUUGUUCCAAGUUAGAGC